AUGGGAGGCGCUCCACUUCGGACCCUUUUGGCUCGAAAGACCCGUCUUCUCUCUCAGUCCACGAGUAAUGUCCGAAAAUCUCGCAUAGCUUCAAUUGCGACGCAUGAGCAAAUCGGGAUUUUCAAUUCGAAUGAUGCUCCUUGUCCGGAGGUUAGAAUUGAAAAUGACCGACAAAUUACUCCAUAUGCCAUCGGAUCCCGUGUGUCUUCAAAAAUCUUGACGAAGAAGUCGAAAGAUCUUGAUGAUUCAUUUGUGGGCCUGUCCGGCGGGGAGAUAUUCAAAACCAUGAUGAUUCGCCAUGGUGUUAAACAAAUCUUCGGUUAUCCCGGAGGCGCAAUCCUUCCCGUAUUUGAUGCAAUCUACGGUUGUGAAGAAUUUAAUUUUGUCUUGCCCCGGCACGAGCAAGGCGCCGGGCAUAUGGCUGAAGGGUAUGCGCGAGCUUCGGGGAAGCCGGGGGUCGUUUUGGUGACAUCUGGACCUGGCGCUACAAACCUUAUUACACAUAUGAUGGAUGCGUUGGCAGAUGGAACGCCUCUGGUGGUCUUUUGCGGACAAGUCGCCACAAGCUCCAUCGGCCUUGAUGGCUUUCAGGAGGCAGAUGUUCUUGGAAUGUCAAUGCCAUGUACAAAAUGGAAUGUGGCUGUUAGGGACAUCGCCCAGCUACCCCGGUGCAUCAAACAAGCAUUUGAGAUUUCAACAAGUGGUCGCCCUGGACCAGUGCUGGUUGAGCUGCCAAUAGACAUCACUGCUGGUACUGUGAGGAAACAUAUCCAAAGAUCAGAUGUCCUCCCUCCAAUUUUGGAUUCUCAUCACGUCCCUCGACAAGAAUCGAUAUCCACCAUUAAACGGGCAGCCGACUUGAUCAACAUUGCACAAAGACCAGUUUUAUAUGUCGGACAAGGAAUUCUCGCCAGUCCAAAAGGACCAAAACUUCUGAAAGAGCUGGCCGAUAAGGCUUCCAUUCCGGUCACAACAACUCUUCAGGGGCUAGGGUCAUUUGAUGAAGAAGACCCUAAAGCGUUACAUAUGUUAGGGUUGCACGGAUCUGGAUACGCGAACAAGGCCAUCCAGGAAGCCGAUCUGAUUAUCGCUUUGGGAGCCCGAUUUGAUGACCGUGUGACUGGCCACGUCCCCAAGUUUGCCCCAAAGGCCAAAGAGGCCGCUGAUGAAGGCCGCGGUGGGAUCAUUCACUUUGAAAUCACGCCUAAAAACAUCAACAAAGUCGUAGAAGCAACAGAAGCGGUGGUGGGAGAUUGUGCGGCCAAUCUUGAAAUAUUGAUGCCUUUAAUCAAGGGUACGGAGCGUCCAGAAUGGCUUAAUCAAAUUUCCCAGUGGAAGAACCGUUACGCGUGGUCGUCAUAUCCGCAAGGUGAUGCUGAUGGACUCGUCCAGCCGCAGGCCUUUAUCGAACGGCUAAAUGAACUUGUCCGUCCGGUGAAAGAUCGCACAAUCAUCACAACUGGAGUUGGUCAACAUCAGAUGUGGACCGCGCAGCACUUCCGAUGGCAACAUUCUCGAACGAUGAUCACCUCAGGUGGGCUGGGGACAAUGGGGUACGGGCUUCCAGCAGCCAUCGGUGCCAAGUUGGCGCGGCCAGAUGCGCUUGUGAUCGAUAUCGACGGUGAUGCCUCUUUCAAUAUGACUCUAAACGAGUUAUCGACAGCAAGCCAAUUCAAUAUCGGCGUUAAGACAAUCGUCCUCAACAAUGAGGAGCAGGGCAUGGUCACACAUCUACAAUCGGUAUAUUAUAAAGAUCGCUUUUGUCACAGCCAUCACCGCAAUCCGGAUUUUGUCGAGGUAUCUCGAGCCAUGGGCGUGCAGGCUGAGCGCUGUUUAAAUGCCUCUGAGAUGGAUGAGAAGCUGAAGUGGCUGUUGGAAAGCCCUGGCCCGGCACUUCUGGAGGUGAUGAUCACUCAGAAGGCCUUGUCUCUUCCAAUGGUCCCUGCAGGUAGAGCACUUGAUGAGUUUCUGUUUUACGAUCAUGAAGCUUCGUCGGAUGUGAAAUGA